AUGCAACAACGCACAAAGAUUACUAUUGACGACAAUGAUGAUGAUGAUGAUGAUGACGAUGACGGUGACGACGAUGUAAAGAAAGAAGUUACUGAUACUAUUGAAAAAUUUGUUCAAUCUCGUCAUGUACAAACAUUAAAAUAUUUACGACAUGUUAUUGAUGAAAAUCGUCAUUUAAGAUUACAUAUUGAACAUCUUAAACGACGUCAAGAUUAUCCUAUACAAUCACCUGCGAAUAUUGAUCCAGUUGAACCUGAAGAAACUUCAAUUACUGAAAUACCAUUAGCAACACCUGAACUUAUAUUAGAUCUUGAACAUAUUGAUGAAGCAACAAAUACUGAAGGAGAAGAUUUUGAAAUAAAAUAUCAUCAAUUACAUGAUGAAUUAAUUAAUCUUAAAAAACAACAUAAUAUAAAUCGUGAAGAAUAUCAACGUGAACUUGAACGUGUUGAUCAUCAAAAUAUUCAAUUAGAAAAAGAUUUAAAAACUGCUCAACAACAAUUAAUUAUUGUACAAAAAUCACUUAAUGAUAAACAAAUUGAAAUUCAAAAUCUUACAACAACAAUUUCAGAUCAAAAAACAUCUAAUGAAACAUUAAAUAUUCGUAUAAAUAAACUUGAACAAACAAAUAGACUUUUAAUAGAAUCAUUAAAUGUAUCAGAAGAAACUCGUAUUGAAUUUGAAACACAAUUAAAUCAAUUACAACAAAUUUAUCAUCAAACAGAAGAAAAUUUAUCUAAAUUACAAAUUGAAUAUAAAAAUUCUCAAAUAUAUUUACAUGAAUUUCAAAAUGAAAUUGUUUUAUUAAAAGAAAAAUUUAAUAUUCAAUUAAAUAAAUAUCAAGAAUUAAAUAAUGAUAAUGAAGAAUUAAAACAAACUAUUAAAUAUUAUCAACAACAACUUCAAGAAAAAAUUCAUGAAGAAGAACAAUAUAUUCGUGAAAGACAAUUAAAUAAUAAUUUUAAAGAUUUUGUACAAGUUAAACGUACAUUACAAUUAUCUCAACAAGAAAAUGAACAAUUAAAAAUUGAAUUAAAAAAAUUACAGAUAAAAUUUUUAAAUAAAAAUCAAUAA